AUGUCGUCCGAAAGCUGCAAGAAAUUUGAAUGUGAUGAGUGUAUGAAAACAUUCUCAAAAAAGAAUAAUUUAAACGAUCAUAUUUUAGCAAAACAUUCUAACACAAAAAAAUAUGUUUGUUCGAUUUGUAAAAAAUCAUUUUCUUACAAACAGUCAUUCAACAGGCAUAUGAAUGUUCAUAAAGUAGCAACUUCUGUUUACUCGUGUUCAGAAUGUGGCUAUAGUUCUCAGUUAAAAUUCAUGCUGACACGGCACAUUAAGAGUGUCCAUCUGAAUAAAAACGACAGUCUUUCUAAAAUAUCCUGUGUGUUUUGCAAUCACCGUUGUUCCAAAAGUAAUUUAUCCACUCAUUAUGUGCUCUGCCAUCCAACAGAAAUUGUUAGUGAACAAUUAAAGUUUGAUUGCUUAGAUGAAUUUUAUGCAUGGAAGUAUGAGGUUGAAGAUCAAGAUAUUAGUAGGUUUGUUAAAGCUCGUACAACAUAUGUUGGUAUAUCUGGUUCUAAACACUUAUUUUUUAAAUGUCACCGUGAUGGAAAAUACAAGCCUAAAGGCAAUAACAUUAGAAAAUUAAAGUCAUUAGGUACCAAUAAAAUUGGUUCCUAUUGUCCAGCUAGAAUGGAUGUAAUGGUUGAAGGCAACGAAGUUAGUGUACUUUAUAUUAAAACACAUAUUGGUCAUGAUUUAGAACCAAAACGUUUAACUCUAGCCAAAAAUGAAAAAGAUUUCCUCGCUGAACAAUUAACAAUGCCUAAUACUAAUUACAAUGAUAUUUUAAAUGUUGUUAAAACCUUAAAUUCAACAAGUCGUUUACAUCAUUUAACAAGAAAAGAUUUAGUUACAAUUAAUAGUUCUAUAAAAGAGGCUGCAAGAAGAAAUAAUACCAUAAUUAAAACCAAUGAUAAACUAGAUGAUACAGUAGAAAUAAACAAUGUUUUUGAUGGUGAUUUGGUAGAUUUAUUUAAUGACCAAAAUCACAAAAAGUCGCCACUUGCAUUAAAUUCAGAGAAUGAUUGUAUGGGAUCUGAUAAACAAGAUAUUGUUGAUGUAAAUAAUACUUUGUUGACUUCAGAUCAUUUAGAAUUAAAAAAUAGUUAUACAAAUAAAAUUCAACCUUUAUAUGAAUUAAAUGUUGAACAACAAAUAAUUGAAUCAAAUGAACAAAUACCAAUUUUAGAAUUCAAUGAUGAAAUAUUGGAAGGCAAUCAAGUUAUAGAUUACCAACAACAAUUGACAAAUAUUGAAAAUGAGAGGAUCAGUAUAAUGGAAAAAAUGAAGUUGAUAGUCAAUCAAAUUACAUGCAAUGAUGAGUUUGCCAUUGUUCAUCAAGGGCUAAUGAACAUAAUGAGUACAAUUGAUGAAAGAAGGAAUGCAAUCGAUCAAGCAGUAGUCAAUGGAGAUUUAGACAAUAUAAUGAUAUUUGAUGAAAGUAUUUUACAAAAACAAUGCCAGUAA